CGGCGAGGAAGCCGGAAGCCGCAGCCGCCGCCGUCCCUUCCCCGUCUCCGCCCGCCGGGUGCCGUCGGAGGUUGACAGGUCGUGGCGGGGAGGCGGCGGCGGCGGCAGAGCCGGGCGCCCGAGACAGAGACCUCAUGGGGAACGCUCCGAGUCACAGCAGUGAAGACGAGGCGGCAGCCGCCGGGAGCGAGGGCUGGGGUCCUCACCAGGAGUGGGCCAAGGACUCGGGCACGACCCCGGGCCCAGGCCCCGCGGCCCCGGCGCUACCUCCUGCCGCGGCGCUACUGGAGCCGGCCCGACUGCGAGAGGCGGCGGCUGCGCUGCGGCCCGCGCCGCCCUGCGAGUCUCUGGUGUCCAGGCACCACGGCGCGCUGUUGCGCUGGCUGGAAGAGCGGCUGGGCCGCGGCGAAGAGUCCGUCACCCUGGAGCAGUUCGGGGAGCUGCUGGAGGCUCGUGGCGCCGGCUUCUCGGGCGAGCGGUUCGAGGAGGCCUUUGCACAGUUUGAUGCUGAGGGUGAUGGUACCGUUGAUGCUGAGAACAUGUUGGAGGCUCUCAAGAAUUCCAGUGGAGCUAAUCUUCAAGGGGAGCUGAGCCAUAUCAUCAGACAGCUGCAGGCCUGUUCUCUUGUUCCAGGUUUCAUAGACAUAUUUUCAGAGUCCAAGGAGGGCCUGGAUGUUCACUCGUCAAUGAUUCUGCGCUUCCUGCAUCGAAACCGGCUCUCUAGCACCGUCAUCCCCUACCCUAUGUUGGACCACUGCAAUAACAUGAGCACCAUGAGGGCUUCUGUUCUGAAGGACUCUCUGGAUCAACUGGUACAAAAAGAAAAGGAGAGCCCUGGAGAUCUAACUAGAAGUCCAGAGACGGACAAACUCAAGUCAGUAGCAAAGUGCUAUGCUUAUAUAGAAACAUCCUCCAACCCUGCAGACAUUGACAAGAUGACAAAUGGAGAAACGUCAUCAUACUGGCAGUCAGAUGGCAGUGCCCGCUCACACUGGAUUCGUUUAAAAAUGAAGCCAGAUGUUGUGCUUAGGCACCUGUCCAUCGCAGUGGCUGCCACUGACCAGAGCUACAUGCCACAGCAGGUGACUGUAGCUGUGGGGAGGAGUGCCAGCGAUCUUCAGGAAGUCCGCGACGUGCACAUUCCCAGCAAUGUCACUGGCUAUGUGACACUGCUGGAAAAUGCCAACAUCAGUCAGCUCUAUGUCCAGAUUAACAUAAAGCGUUGUCUUAGUGAUGGAUGUGACACUAGAAUUCAUGGUCUGAGGGCUGUUGGCUUUCAGAGAGUCAAGAAGUCUGGGGUCUCAGUCUCAGAUGCUUCUGCAAUAUGGUAUUGGUCUCUGCUGACAUCUCUGGUGACGGCUUCCAUGGAGACAAAUCCCGCCUUUGUCCAAACAGUGCUACGCAACACUCAGAAGGCGCUGCAGCACAUGCCUCCACUUUCCCUCUCACCAGGAUCUACAGAUUUCUCAACUUUCCUGUCUCCCAACGUUCUGGAAGAAGUGGACAGCUUCCUCAUAAGGAUAACUAGCUGCUGUUCUACUCCAGAGGUGGAGCUGACUCUUCUGGCUUUUGCACUAGCAAGAGGGAGUGUUGCCAAAGUGCUGAGCUCCCUGUGUACUGUCACUGACCACCUGGACACACACUAUGACGCCUCAUCCCUCAUCUCAUCCAUGGCAUCAGUCAGGCAGAACCUGCUCCUUAAAUAUGGUAAACCUCUGCAGUUGACUCUUCAGGCCUGUGAUGUCAAGGGAAAAGAAGAGAAGUCAGGACCUGAAAACCUCCUUGUUGAACCGUGGACGAGGGACGGUUUUCUUACAGAGACUGGAAAAACCAGAGCAAGUACUAUUUUUUCUACAGGAACUGAAUCUGCCUUCCAAGUUACUCAGAUCAGAAUUAUGGUUCGACGUGGUGGCAUUGGUGCCCAGUGUGGGUUGGUGUUUGCCUAUAAUUCAUCUUCUGAUAAGUUUCAUGCAGAAGAACACUUCAAAAGGUUUGAAAAAUAUGACAAAUGGAAGCUUCAGGAAUUCAGGCAAUUUGUAAAAAGCAGGAUUGGUUGCCCGUCUGAUACCCUUGGCGAGGAUGAUCCUGUUGGCUGGUUUGAGCUGGAGGAAGAGUGGGAUGAAGCAGAUGUCAAGUUGCAGCAGUGCCGGGUCGCCAAGUAUUUGAUGGUGAAGUUCCUCUGCACCCGCCAGGAGUCUGCAGAGCGCCUGGGAGUACAAGGCUUGAGCGUCAGUGGGUACCUCCGGCCUGCGAGGGCGGAAGCAGAGCAGAGCAUCGUCCGUGCUCACUGCAGAAAGGGCGUGGAGGAGAGCGUCUGUGGGGCCACACUGCUCCUCAGGACCCUUCAGUUCAUCCAGCAGCUCGCCCAUGACCUGGUACAGCAGAAGGAAAGUGGCUUAAAAUACAGAUCUUUUCUGGACUUCGUGGGUCUUGAUUUGCAGAUCUUCUGGGAUUUCUACAGUAAAUUAAAGCAAAACCCAAGGGAAGAAUGCAUCUGUGCCCAAACCCUGCUUCUGCAGCUCCUCCAGAGCUGUUUCUCCGUGCUGCAAGGAGACGCAUCGGCCACCUCUGAGGACGCCAAGGCUCCAAGCAUGAGCCGUAGGCGGGUAGAGGCCGCCAAGGAGCUCUACACACACCUAUGUGAUGUGGUGGAUAGGGUGGAUGGAGACUCUGCACCCAUGGAAAUAUUGAAACAAGAAGUCAGGAAUACUCUUCUUAAUGGGGCUGCCGUCUUCUUUCCUGAUCGACAGACCCGGCGGGACCAUCUCUUCACCAUGAUGAAGAAUGUCACCGAGCAGGAACACAAGCAGUCCCUGCAGCUCACGUUCCGCUCACUCUGCACGUAUUUUAGUGAUAAGGAUCCAGGCGGCCUUCUGCUGUUGCCUGAGAAAGGCGACGUGGCCGACACGGACGUCGGCGAGGUGCUGGCGGUCACGAGCACUCUGCUCUCGGUUGCCGCUCGAGAGUGUGAGCUGUUGAUGGUCGAUGGGGCCCAAGGGGAGGUGGGCUCUGUGCUCUUCUCCCUGUUCUGGUCUGUCCAAGGCAGCCUGCUGUCCUGGUGCUACCUGCAGCUGAAGAGCACGGACUCUGGAGCCAAAGAUCUUGCCGCUGACCUUAUUGAAAAAUAUGUGGGACAGUUUCUGGCACGCAUGAGAGUGAUUUUGGAAUCCCUUUUGUCACAGUAUAGCGGAAAAACUGUAGUAGAAAAAUUAUGUAAUUCGGUGUUUUCAAUGGCAGCUCGUCAACUGGUGAUCUUUCUGCUGGACUUCUGCACAUUAGAUAUUUCACACUGUACGCUCUUGAGAGAGUUCAGUGCCCUGACAGAGCUGUUGAAGGAGCUCUGCAGUGACCCUGAUGGAGGACUGAACAAGCUGGAUGUCGAGACUUGGCAACAGGAGCGCCCGGUGGUGUUGCAUACGUGGACCAGGGAGUCUGCUCACAACUACGAAAAUAACUGCCACGAGGCGUCUGUCUUUGUUAGCCCGGGGGCGACCUAUUUUGAGGUGGAAUUUGAUGAGAGAUGUGAAACGGAAAAAAGGUAUGAUUAUCUGGAAUUUACCGACGCUAGAGGUGGGAAAACACGCUAUGACACAAAAGUCGGCACUGAUAAAUGGCCCAAGAAAGUGACCUUUAAGGCUGGUCCCCGGCUGCAGUUUCUCUUUCACUCUGACAGCAGCAACAACGAGUGGGGCUACAAAUUCACCGUCACCGCCUAUGGCCUGCCUGAUGUUGCCGUGUCUUGGGGCUUGGAUUUACAGCUCCUUGUUUCCCGGCUGAUGGGACGCCUCGCUUCCCAGUGCAUGUCACUCAAAUCCCUGCAUCAGUUAGGAAGUAACAUGGCAAUACCUCAGGCAAAAAUGGCAUUAGUCCUAAACUCCCCCUUGUGGAAACCUGUCUUCAGGCACCAAAUAUGUCCAGAGUUGGGAUUAGAAGCAAGCUGGCCCACUCACCCACCCCAGGAUAAUAAGGAGGUUAAGAACAUCCCUGAUGAUCCCUGCCACCAAUUUCUUCUUGACUUUGCACAGUCAGAUCCUGCCCAGAACUUCUGUGGGCCAUAUUCAGAACUUUUCAAAGGAUUCAUACAGGCAUGUAGAAAACAGGCCCCAAAGACAGAUAUAGUUGCUGGUUCCACUAUUGAUCAAGCUGUGAACGCCACCUUUGCUGCUCUGGUGUAUCGCACUCCAGACUUAUAUGAGAAGCUGCAAAAAUAUGUAAACAGUGGGGGCAAGACAGCCCUGAGUGAGGAGUUCGCACAGGUGUAUUGCUUGGCAGAUGGCAUUCGAAUAUGGAUGUUAGAGAUGAAGCAGAAGUCCCUGAUGAGCCUGGGGAGUGAGGCAGAAGAGCGACGCGGCUCAGAAGCAGCUGAGGUGAACCCCGAGAGCCUGGCGAAAGAGUGUAUUCAGAAGAGUCUUCUAUUACUGAAAUUUUUGCCCAUGGGUGUAAGUUCAAAAGAAGGCUGUGACAAGUUGGUGGCUGUAGAUGACACAGAUCAUCUGCGGCCACUGGACAAGCGCCAGAGGGCAAGCUCUGUGGUGGAAGAGCAUUUCCAAGCCUCCGCGUCUCCCACCAAAGCAGCGCCCCCUGCUGUGGAAGACAGGAGUCCUGGCUUGGAUGGCCAGCCCACGCCGCCGCCCAGCGGUGGCGCUCCUGCCACGGAAGUGUCCUCUGCCACCGCCGAAGAGCCCUCGUCCCCUUCCACUCCCACCAGGCGGCCUCCCUUCACCCGGGGGCGGCUCCGGCUGCUCUCCUUCCGCUCAGUGGAGGAGGCCAGACCGUUGCCCACAGUGAAAGAGAAGUACCCGGUGCUGAAGGAUGCCAUGGACUUCAUUAAAGAUCAGUCACUCUCCCACGAGAGUGUUGUAAAGGUUCUUUCCUUGAGGAAGGCCCAAGCCCGGAGCAUCCUCGAGGUCCUGAGGAUCAUUCAGUGUUGUACAGAGCCCCUUGGGCAGCCUCACUGCUUCCACCCGCCUUUCAUACUUUUCCUCUUGGAACUUCUGACCUGCCAGAAAGAGUUUACCAAUUAUUUUGGACACCUGGAGGGCUGUGGUGCAGAUCUACACAAAGAAAUUCGAGAUACUUACUAUCAGUUUGUUCUGUUUUUGGUCAAAGCAGUUAAAGGAUUUAGUAAUAGUAACAUAAACGACAGGUCCUUGCUGCCUGCCUUGUCCUGUGUCCAGACGGCUCUGCUUCAUCUCUUGGAUAUGGGCUGGGAGCCCAGUGAUCUCACCUUCUUUGUUGACAUUCAGUUACCAGAUCUCCUCAUGAAAAUGUCACAAGAAAAUAUAAGUGUCCAUGACAGUGUGAUCAGCCAAUGGAGUGAAGAAGAUGAGCUUGCUGAUGCCAAGCAGAAUUCAGAAUGGAUGGAUGAGUGUCAGGAUGGCAUGUUUGAGGCCUGGUAUGAAAAAAUAGCCCAGGAAGAUCCAGAGAAGCAGAGGAAAAUGCACAUGUUUAUUGCUCGCUACUGUGACCUGUUAAACGUGGACAUCUCUUGUGAUGGGUGUGAUGAGAUUGCCCCCUGGCAUCGCUACCGGUGCCUGCAGUGCAGCGACAUGGAUCUCUGCAAGACUUGCUUCCUCGGUGGGGUGAAGCCUGAGGGCCACGGAGAUGACCACGAAAUGGUCAACAUGGAGUUCACGUGUGACCACUGCCAGGGUUUGAUCAUAGGCCGGAGGAUGAAUUGCAAUGUGUGCGAUGACUUUGACCUUUGCUAUGGAUGCUAUGCGGCCAAGAAAUAUUCCUAUGGCCACUUGCCUACCCACAGUAUCACUGCCCAUCCGAUGGUGACCAUCCGGAUCAGUGACCGGCAGAGGCUCAUCCAGCCCUACAUCCACAACUACUCCUGGCUGCUCUUUGCUGCCCUGGCUCUUUAUAGCACCCACCUGGCCAGCGCUGAGGACGUGGAUGGCGAAAAGCUGGAUCCCCAGGCCCGCAGCAGUGCCGCCACCCUGCGGAGCCAGUGCAUGCAGCUCGUCGGGGACUGUCUGAUGAAGGCUCACCAGGGAAAAGGUCUGAAAGCUCUAGCUCUUCUUGGCAUAUUGCCAGACAGUGACUCUAUUUCAGAAAAGCAGGCCCCACCAGUCACUGUGCCCACCCAAACAUCAGAGGAGCAGCCAGAGAAAAAAGCCAUCCAGGCUGCUGUGGAGCCAGCCGAUGCAGGCCCAUUUGUGCACCGCAGUGGGCGGAGGGGUGUCCCUGAGGAGGUCAGGCCUUUAGACUGCCGGCAGAGGAGCACGGCAGGGGGCGGUGCUUCCUUCCCGAGGGGGCCUUCCUGCCAGACGCAGGUCCCAGACUCACCUGCAGACGCCUGUGCACCUACGGAACUUCCGGAUGCUGAAAAUUCAGAAGCAUUAUCUCAGAAGCCCAUCGAGGAAAAGGCAGUUACUCCAAGCCCUGAGCAGGUGUUUGCCGAGUGUUCCCAGAAGAGGAUUUUGGGAUUAUUAGCAGCCAUGUUACCUCCCUUAAACUCGGAUCCCACAGUCCCCCUGAUAGACCUGGAGCACGUGCUCCCACUCAUGUUCCAGGUCGUCAUCUCAAACGCAGGCCACCUGAAUGAAACGUAUCACCUCACCCUGGGUCUCCUCGGCCAGUUAAUCAUCCGCCUUUCACCAGUGGAGGUCGAUGCCGCAGUGACCAAGGUCCUGUCAGCCAAACACAACCUGUUUGCAGCAGGGGACAGUUCCAUUGUGCCAGAUGGCUGGAAGACCACCCACCUGCUCUUUAGCCUGGGAGCUGUGUGUCUGGACAGCCGCGUGGGCUUGGACUGGGCCUGCUCCAUGGCGGAGAUCCUGCGGUCACUGAACAGCGCCCCCCUGUGGCGUGACGUCAUUGCCACCUUCACAGACCACUGCAUCAAGCAGCUGCCUUUCCAGCUGAAGCACACCAACAUCUUCACGCUGCUGGUGCUGGUCGGCUUCCCCCAGGUCCUCUGCGCGGGGACCCGCUGUGUUUAUAUGGAUAACGCCAAUGAACCGCAUAAUGUGAUCAUCUUGAAGCACUUUACUGAGAAGAACAGGGCUGUGAUCGUCAAUGUCAAAACCCGGAAGAGGAAAACAGUGAAGGACUACCAGCUGGUCCAGAAAGGGGGAGGACCGGAAAGCAGCAACUCUCAGGCCCAGCUGAGCCAGUACUCCCAGCACUUUGCCUUUAUUGCCAGUCACCUUCUGCAAACCAGCAUGGACAGCCACUGUCCCGAGGCAGUGGAAGCAACUUGGGUCCUGUCCCUGGCCCUCAAAGGAUUAUACAAAACACUAAAGGCUCAUGGUUUUGAAGAGACCCAUGCUACCUUCCUUCAGACUGAUUUGCUGAAGCUGCUGGUGAAAAAGUGCAGCAAAGGGACCGGCUUCAGUAAAACGUGGCUCCUCCGGGACCUGGAAAUUUUGUCCAUCAUGCUGUACUCUUCAAAAAAGGAGAUCAGCACUUUGGCUGAGCACGGAGAGCUGGAGCUGGAUGAGCGAGGGGACCCGGAGGAGGAGGUGGAACGGUCAGUCAGCAGCCCGGGAGAGCCAGAGCAGAAGAAGCUAGACCCUCUCGAAAGCCUGGAUGAGCCCACCAGAAUAUGUUUCUUGAUGGCUCACGACGCCCUCAAUGCCCCUCUGCACAUUCUCCGGGCCAUAUACGAACUGCAGAUGAAGAGGACUGACUCCUUCUUCCUGGAGGUUCAGAAGAGGUUUGACGGGGAUGAGCUCACCACCGAUGAAAGGAUACGGACCCUGGCUCAGAGGUGGCAGCCCAGCAGGAGUCUGAGACUGGACGAGCAGAGCGCCAAAGCUGUGGAUACAGACAUGAUUAUCUUACCAUGCUUGUCCCGGCCCGCACGCUGUGACCAGGCCACCACGGAGUCGAACCCCGUGACCCAGAAGCUGAUCUCCAGCACGGAGAGUGAACUGCAGCAGAGCUACGCCAAGCAGCGGCGCAGCAAGAGCGCCGCCCUCCUGCACAAAGAGCUCAACUGCAAGAGCAAGAGGGCCGUGCGGGACUACCUCUUCCGCGUGAACGAGGCCACAGCAGUCCUGUACGCCCGCCACGUGCUCGCAUCCUUGCUUGCUGAGUGGCCGGGGCACGUGCCGGUGAGCGAGGACAUCCUGGAGCUGAGCGGCCCUGCCCACAUGACCUACAUUCUGGAUAUGUUCAUGCAGCUGGAAGAAAAGCACCAGUGGGAGACGAUACUGCAGAAGGUGCUCCAGGGCUGCCGGGAGAGCAUGCUAGGCGCCAUGGCCCUGGCGGCCUGCCAGUUCAUGGAGGAGCCAGGAAUGGAGGUGCAAGUGAGGGAGUCGAAACACCCGUAUAACAACAACACCAACUUUGAGGAUAAAGUUCAUAUUCCUGGUGCAAUCUACCUCUCAAUCAAAUUCGAUCCUCAGUGCAAUACAGAGGAAGGCUGUGACGAGCUAGCCAUGUCCAGCAGCAGUGACUUUCAGCAGGAUCGCCACAACUUCAGUGGGUCUCAGCAGAAAUGGAAAGAUUUUGAGCUUCCAGGAGAUACUCUGUAUUACCGCUUCACCUCUGACAUGAGCAACACCGAGUGGGGCUACAAAUUCACUGUGACAGCUGGGCACCUGGGGCGAUUCCAGACAGGAUUCGAGAUUUUGAAGCAGAUGCUGUCAGAGGAAAGAGUUGUGCCGCACCUCCCGUUGGCCAAAAUUUGGGAAUGGCUGGUGGGCGUGGCCUGUCGCCAGACUGGUCAUCAGCGGCUGAAAGCCAUCCACCUACUCCUGAGGAUCGUGCGAUGCUGCGCCCACAGCGACCUCUGUGACCUCAUGCUGUUGAAGCCCCUGUGGCAGCUCUUCACCCAAAUGGAGUACAGCCUGUUUGAGGACGUGACACAGCCUGGCAUCCUGCUGCCCCUGCAUCGCGCCCUCACCGAGCUCUUCUUUGUCACUGAGAACCGCGCCCAGGAGCUCGGCCUGCUGCAGGAUUACCUGCUGGCCUUAACCACCGACGACCACCUUCUGCGCUGCGCGGCGCAGGUACGCCCUCCCCGGGCGGCCGGACCUCCCCUGGCACCCGUGCAGACUCCACCCCGGCUUUACACGGGCUCUGUUCCGAGUCAGCCACUUCCUGCUGGUGUCACAGAGAGCAGCGGAGCCCCACUUAUCAGUGUCGUUCGUAUUAAGCUGUGGGGCUCUGCAGAAUAUUGCUGCUAUCAGCCUGGCCAUCAACUACCCAAACAAGGCCACCCGCCUCUGGAAUGUUGAGUGUUAGCCCUUGGUAUGGUGUGCAUGGAACUAGCUAAUCUGUCCACAAGGAUCUUAGAGCAGAUGCCUAAACUCAUUCGGGAAGAUUCGUGUGGUGUCGGUGCCUGGCGCUCCUUGAGCUCCCCCUUCCGCCCCAACUAGAAUGCCAAGCUGCCGCGUCUCCGAGAACUUGCUGUGUCACAGGCCAGGCACCUGCAUGUACAAUAGCAUGUGGGAAUAGGCAGACCAGCGCGAAAUUAUCAGAAAGGGCAGGCAGCAGGCCCUCGAGAAGGUUGUUCAGAGGCCAGCCUCCUCCAGGGUCUGUCCCUGCAGAAGCCGCAGCCCCAAGAAGACCUGGCUGCAGCCGCUCUGCAAAGGGCUCUGUCUCCGUUGAGCUGGAACUGCCUGCACUUGACCUUCAGGGGAAGACAGGGUCUGCCCUGGGCCACCUUUCUCAGCAGGACCUCCAGCAGCAGCCUGGGAGCUCUUCUUUUGCUUUUGCUUCUUGAGACUGGGUCAUCCAAACCAAAACCAGUGAGAGCGGCUCGGGGCUGCCACCUGGUCCCCACCAUUCAGUAUGGAACCCACUGCCACACUGGCCCCCUGCACGGCCUCGGCCAUCCCGGAGAAAUCCUUGGUGAGAACAAGUGCCCUUGGGAACAGCCAGCAGGCCGCCGUGCACGUCCGCCCGUGCACUGCUCCCAGCACAGCUGCAUUGUUUUAGUUGUUGUUUUAACAUAUUUCAGUUCCCACCUCAUGUUCUUAGAAAGAACCACACCAACUCCCUUGAGAGAGGCUCGGGGGCAUGACCAGUGCAUCGGUCAUUCAUGGGGACAAACUGGUUUGUGUGAAAGUAGCAGAACUUGAAGAAUACUCUAGCUUCUGUACCUAAAGACUUGAAGUGUAAUCAGAGGAUAUCUUACCUUAGAAGUAAAAA